AUGGCUUUAAUAAAUGAAACGGCAGAAAAAUACAUAACGUUGAUAGACAAGCUUUUGGAACGUACGCCGUGUUCAAGGGAUGAUUUAUUUUAUGUAGAUAUUGGUUGCGCUUAUCAAGCAAUGGAUUGUAUACCACAUGCACAAAAAUAUGUGGAGCACUUGCUGAAUCGAGAUCAUUUUAGAAAUGUACCUGGCGUUUGGUUCAUUUAUGGUCAAUUGCUCACUGCUCGGAAGAAGCUAAAAGAUGCAUGUAUUGCUUUUAUGCACGUUAUUGAUUUACAACCAUCGCACGUUGAUGCACGGAUUAAUUUGUCAACAAUACAACAACGUCUCGGAAUGACAGAACAGGCUUUUGAAACUCUUAAAGAUUAUGAUCUUGACACUGGAAGCUUUUUGCCGGAUGAGCGUUUGCUAAUAAGGCAAGCUGAUUUUCUUUUCAAGCAAAAACGCAUUGAGCAAUUUGUGAAAUGUGUUCGAAUGUUGCUUGCGCCUCAUUUUUAUGUGGUCUAUAAGGAACUUCCAAUUCGGAGAAGGUGGAUGACACUUGGAGUUGGGAAGCCUGGUACAUUUUCAUGUAAUGGGUUGCGUAGGACUUCUCUAAAUGCAGUGCGAGGUAGUCAACUGGAAAAAUAUGUGAAGCGAUUGGGAUCUUUAGCUGUCGCUGAACAACGGCCCUUAAAUGAUAUGACAGACGUCCAGAUGCAUGAUUAUAGUGUGAAGUUGAUAGAAACACUAUUAAAUGAAAAUCGAUUUAUUGAAGCAUUACAAGUGUGUUGCUAUACUUUCCUCCACCCAGCAAUAAAUAAAAGUUACCAAACCUUCGAAACUUUCCAAUGCUUACUACUUUAUUGUUCAUUCAAAGCAAAAAGUUGGAACCUAGCAUUUGAACAUAUGCGUUGGCUUUAUACUUCAUCCAUGAGCAAUGAUCGUCUUAUUUCAUCUGCUGAUCGUGAUCUUUUAUUCGUUCGUAUAUUUAAUGCUAUGAAUUAUAUUUUCUGCCAUUCUCAAAAUGUUUCUUAUCACCGUUAUAUAAUGCGGUCAUUGUCAAAAAUUCCCGGGAAUAUUGCUUUGCAGAUGAUUUCUGGAAACAAUUCUCUCGUAACAGGAGCAUAUCGUCAUGCCUUAGGUGAAUAUCUUCGAGUGUGGUUUCAAGUACCUGAUAAUCCUUUGGUUUGUCUUCUUAUCGCUUUGACAUUCUCGCAUAUGGCUUGUAAAAAAGAUAUUGCUAGUCGUCAUAUGAUUUUGUUAAGGGCAUACGCAUUUAUGAGUCGCUAUGAAAAGUUGCGUGGGAUACCACAAGAAUCGUACUAUAAUAUUGCGAGAAUGUUUCAUCAGAUAAAUUUUCUUCAUGUUGCUAUGUAUUUCUAUGAAAAAUGUUUAGAGGGCACAUAUUAUAUAUGGAAUGCAAUAUUAUUGAAAUUUCAGACAGAAGUGGUGCGGAUGGCAGUUGUGAACAAUGAAACGUACGAAGAUGAAGUUGUAGUGGCUAACUGUUACGAUUUACGUCCGUUGGCUGCACAUAAUCUUGCUUUGAUAUAUGAAAAGAGUGGGAAUACAGCAAUGGCUCGAUAUAUAAAGAGAAAAUAUAUCACCGUUUAG